AUGUAUCAAACAUGCAAGAUUAAAUUGUCAUUUCAUUUCCAUUUGAUAUGGUUGUAAUGUAAAUUCUAAGUGGUAUCCUGGUGGAGUUUUACCUUUUAUCAAAGUGUUGGUCACACAAGAGUGUUUCUUUCCAUAAUUGGCAUGGUAAAGACACUAGAUGGAUACCACCCAAACAAAAAUAAAAAUAUGAAGCCUCAUGAAUAGGUUUAGUGAUUUAUCUCUGUUUACUGGGAUAGCCUCCUCUUGUGUGAUAUGCUAAUAUGACUUGCUUUUUCCUUUUCCUUCUUUAACUACCUUAAUUAAAUUUAUAUUGCUGCUUUUCCCUAUCUAUUCCUUCAGCUUUCCUUUCUUUUUUCGAGACAAACUUGAUUAAAGAAAGCAUAAGAAUGGGAUACAAUGAUUUUGGAGACUUUUACUAUGCUCAUGGUCAAUUGGGGGAUGCUUUUAAAAGUUAUCCGUACGCGGGAUUAUUGCACCACAUCAAAGCAUAUUAUUCAUAUGUGUAUGAGUGUGAUUCUGGUCAGCAUUGAGAUGGGUCAAUUUCCUCAUGUUACAAGCUACGUUGGCAAGGCAGAACAGGUACCAGAAGCCCUUGACCCAAUAACGGUUGCAAAGCUACGAUGUGCUGCAGGAUUGGCAAAUCUAGAGGCCAAAAAGUACAAGCUUGCUGCCCGAAAGCUAUCUUUUGCAAUAUGCUUCUUAAUGGGCAAAGCAUAUGAAACAUGCGUUGCUUUUGAAGUAAUGGUAAUGAUAAAAGGGCUGAUUAAUUUUUAGUUUUAUCCAUUUGCCUUAGCAUGGUUCUUAUGUUGCUUAUACUUCAUAAUCUUUUGCCUUAGAUGGUUCUUAUUUAUUUUUUAAUUUCGGUGUAAAUCGUGCAAGCACAUCCAUAUUUCUCUUAGAUAAGGGCAACAGAAAGUAGCAGAAUGAGGACACAGUAGCUUGAUUAUCUAUGGAUCUAUAAACUUGAGUUUAAAUAUUUGGGAAUAUAUUAUAAUACCCUACCUCGUGCCUUGUAUACCUUCUGUUUAUUAUAGUUUAGUUUUCUUGUGGAGUGUAA